AUGGUAACGGGCUCCGUCCAACCUUUGCCUUCGCCUCUGCCGCAACCAACACCGUCUCCGCCGAUCACGGCGCCCUAUGGAUACCCGCCCUUCAUCAUCGUCCUCACCUCCAUCCUACUCCUUAUCUUUUUCCUGGUCUUAUUCUCCAUCUACUUCUGUCGCAACUUUUUUGGCUCGUGCACGAGCCUCCGUCGCGGCCCCACAGGGGACGGUGCGGGUCCCACCGCCCUGCCCGCCCCUGACACGCCUGGGCCAGGCCUCGACCCUGUCCUCGUCCGGUCGUUCCCUACCUUUGUCUACUCGACCGUCGAGGGCUUCCGAAAGGAAAAGUACGGGCUCGAGUGUGCCAUAUGCCUCGUCGAGUUUCAAGGAGACGACAUCCUCCGGCUGUUGACCACGUGCUACCACGUGUUCCAUGAGGAGUGCGUGGACCUCUGGCUCGGGGGCCACCGCACGUGCCCCGUGUGUCGGCAGAACCUCGACUCCCCUACGGCCCAAUCGCCCGUCAAAUCCUCGGGCAGCGGUGACGAGGCAACGGGGGUAGGGUCCGAAAGCUACACCAUCACGAUAAAGGAGGGAGACGACGAGGACAAGCAGGAUUGUGGUGACGUGGAAAAUCACAUGAGGUCGCACUCAACGGGGCAUUCGUUGGGCACAGGUAGGGAGAGAUAUACUCUAGUGCUGCCGGAGCACGUGAGAUCGAGCAUCAUUAGGGGUCAUCAUAAUCCGAGCCAUAGUUGGCCUACAUUCGGGAAAUCGAACAACACUAGUGAUAGCAAUGGUGUCGGUCAUCGGAUUCCAACAAAGUUAGACGGUAGAGAUAGAGAAGAACACAAAGAAUAG